UAAAAGCGGGGAUGCGGAUAAGUGCGUGUAUGAAUAUGGGGAAAACGUUCUUUGAUAGGCAUUGUGCAGUGGCUUAACAAGAUCCUCGACCAUUUGACAAGCGGAUCAACAGUUACGCUUCAGCUUCAGCUUGUGACUGCGGUGGCGUCACGGCUCAGGCUCAGAGGUUGAAGCGGCGGACGGUCACGGUACCUUACCACUGCAGUUGUGGUUGUUAGCAUUUCAGACCGUAACUCGUGAUUCUAAUGCGGUGCACGAAUAAUGAUUAUGACCUAACGGCUCUCACAGUGUGAAGUGAGAUAUUCUCUUUGUUUUCAUUUGUUUGAUUGAGCAGUUGUGUGCUGGCUGACUGCUUUAUGUUACAUCAUUACAGUGAUAUUGUGAUAUGAGUGCUCCAGUGGUCUGUUGGUAGUGGUGAUAAAUUCAGCCAAUUUGGCUGCUCCAGUCAGAAGUUUGUGGAUCAGAGCUGAUCAAAAUGUGAUCCGGUUUGGCAGUGCAAACAUUUGAAGCAAAAUGUUUCAGUGGAAGUCGGCAUGCCUUGCAUGCCUAUUAGGUGUUGCGGCAGGCCUUCCCUUGCACUAUGGCUCUUUGCCAGUUCAGGCAGGCACUGAUGUCUGGCCGCUGCCCCUGCUGCUCGGACUGGGCCUUCUGGCAGCAGCAGUGUCAGUCAUUGUUGGCUGCGUAUGCUGCCAUCGGUUCGGAAAGGGCCCCCCUGCGGCCAUCCAGGGCUUCAAUAACGCCACGUACGACCCUACGCCGGCCGGCGAGCUCACUCUGUUCCCGCCCGUGGCGGUGGUGUCGGCGGCGCCCACACCGGGCCGGCCGCAGUUCGAGCCGCUGCCAGAGCUGACGGCAGCCGCGGCGGCGGCGGCGGCGGCGGCCCACCCCCGGCCGGCCAUCUACAACCUCUCCGUCUCCAGGGGGUUCUCCGCCAAAGACUGGUUCGACGAUCCCCAUCGGAACUUCCCCAGACAGCAGCUCAAGUACCAGCAGGAGCUGGGCACCGGCUGGUUCGGACAGGCGCUGCUGGGGGAGGCCCGUAACCUGACGGCCGAGCCGCGCACGGCUGUGGUGGUGAAGGCGCUCCGGGCCGGCGCCACGCUGCCUGAACAGAUGUACUUUCUACACGAGAUGGCCUACCUGCGGGACGCCAACCACCCUAACGUGCUGCGUCUGCUGGGCCGCUGUCUGGAGGCCGACCCGUACCUCCUCAUCCUGGAGCGCUGCGGCGCGGGGGACGCCAAGGAGUUUCUGCAGCGCCGCUCGCCGGCCGAGCGACAGCAGCUGCUGAACACGAUGGCGCUGAAUAAGAUGGCCAUGGACGCGGCGGCCGGCCUGCAGCACCUGCACGACAUCCACUACACGCACAGUGAUCUGGCGGCGCGCAGCUGUCGCGUCAUGAGCAACUGCACGCUCAAGAUCGGCGACUACGGCUGCAACAUCGACAGGUACAAGGAAGACUACUAUAUCGCCGGUGACGUGGCCCUGCCGGUGCGGUGGUGCGCGCCCGAAAUACUCGAGUGCACGCCCACCACCAUCGAGACCAAAGAGGUGACCAAGGCGUCGAACGUGUGGUCGCUGGGGGUGCUGAUGUGGGAGCUGCUGGCGUUCGCGGCGCUGCCUUACGCGCCGCUCUCGGACGAUGACGUCAUCCAGCACGUGGUGAUGGACAGAAACGUGCAGCUGUCGCGGCCCAAACUGAGCACCGGAUCGCCGCACACGGACAGAAUGUACCACGUGAUGCAGCUCUGCUGGCUGCCGCCCGGCCAGCGGCCCACCGUGCACCGCAUCCACGCGCUGCUCUCGCAGCUCACGGCGCCGCCCAGGGACGACUUCGAGGAGAGGUGGGAGGCGCUGCGGCCGCGCGGCCGUGCCGACGGCGGCUCCGACUCUGAGUCCCCGGAGCCGGCCAGUCUGGACUCGGAGCUGCACGACGCGCUGCGCAGCCUGGACAGGAUGCUGGCGGCCGAGGAGCCGGCGGCGCCGGGCGCCGGCGGCGGGCCCGCGGCCGGCGACCACCCGCCGCCGGCAGAGGACCCGGACGGACAGAGCGCCGGCAGCGGCGACGGCCGGCUGGCGCGCGAACAGUCGCGCAGCGUGCAGGACUUCCUGACGCUGACGGCGCCGCUGGACAGCCUGGAGUACGGCAGCGAGCGGGCCGACAGUGACCCGGAGCCGGCCCGAGAGCCGGAGCCGGAGCCGGAGUCCUCUCCCGAAACCGGCCAGCAGUCCCUGCAGAGCUCGCAAACGGAGGAGCCCCCAGCCACUGAGCCCCGUGCUUUCAGGUUCGUUUUAAAUGAGAACAGUGACGGCAGCAGUAAGCUGGCGUCAGAUUCUGAGACGAACUGUGAGGGGUGUUUGGCGAGUGAUGCCGGUGAGAGUGCGGACCUGGGCGCGGAGCUGAGCGCCGCUGCGACCAGCGAGUACUUCACUGCCGCCGACAGCACGCUGGCCGCAGAGCUGAGCGCUGUGGAUGGCCCGGCCGGGGACAGUGUGACCGACUCGUGUGCCGCCGGGGACGGAGACCUGUCGGGGAGGCGCGGCCUGCGACUGACCAGCACACCGCGCGGCCGGCGCAGUCCCUCCUUCAACGAGUACAUCGGCUCGGCCUACCAGACGGCCGUCGAGACUCAGCCGGACGCCUCUGCCGACACGCUGAUGGGCAGCCGCCACUCGGCGCCGGCCUACGCGCCGCUGGCCGGCGACGACCUCAGCGCCGGCAGCGAGCCGGGCUGCCACGCCGCCCUGCUGGCCGACGACGGGGACGACGAGCUGGACAUGGCCAGCCUGCGCCGCGAGGCGGCGCCGCUGGCCGAGCCUGACUCGCCGGCGCGCAGUCCGUCGCUCAGCUCGACGUUCGGCCACAGCACGUGUGACGAGCUGGCCGAGCUGCCGGACGAGGAGGAGGUGCGCUCGCUGUGCUCGCGCGCCGAGCUGGCGCCCAGCAAGCUGUGGGGCUCGGCCGAGGAGCCGGCCGGCUCGCCGCUGCGGCCCGACCGCCGGCCCUCGGCAGACGUCAUCACUGUGAUCGAGGCGGCGCCGGGCCGCGCGGGGCCCGCCGGCGGCGGCAUAGCGGACGGAGCGGCUGCCGGGCCGGCUGACCGGACCCCGGCGGCGGCGGGAGCAGGGAGUGAAGGGCCGGCCGGAGCCGGGAGUGAAGGGACGGCCCCAGCGCUGACCGGAGCAGCGAGUGGAGAAGCGUCUGUAGCGGAGAGUGAAGGGACGAUCCCUGCGCAGCUGGCCGGAGCAGGGACAGAGAGCGAGCUCUCCGGGGACAACUCUGCCGUAUUAGAGGAAAAUCUAGUCAUUCCUGUUGCGUCUCUGCCAAAUGAACAAGUGUUGGUCAGUUUGGAAAACGGCAGCCUUGAAGACAAGAUCUCAAAGCCGACUCGUCCUCUGUUAGACUCCAAGUCUGGGGAAGCGUCUGCGCCUGUUGUGGCACUUCUCUCGGCCGAAGGGUCCGUUUGUUUGGAGAGUGAUAUUCCCGAUAUACCUACGUCGGCUGGCGCGGGUAAUACGCUACUGCUGUGGGACCCGGUGUCGCCCAAAGAGGCUGUGUCUGCUGACCCGGACCAGUCGAAGCCCGAUACUGCCGCGCCCGUGGAUGUGCCGGCUCUGAACAGUGAACUGUCUGUGGAUCUGCUGCGCGCGUCCACGGGGCUGAGCUCGGCGGCCUCAGGGCCGUCCACUCUGCCCUCGGAGCAGUCCGCACUGACAUCACAAGAGCUCACUCUGCCCUCAGAACAGUCCGCACUGACAUCAGAAGAGCUCACUCUGCCCUCGGAGCCAUCCAAUCUGCCCUCGGAACCAUCCGCUGUGGCCUGGGAACAGCUCACACUGCCGUCGGAGCCAUCCGGUCUGCCGUCUGAACAGCCUGCCUCGACUGCAGACUUCUCCCUCUCUGAUCUUCUGGCCCUCGCAGACAGCCCCAUGGUGAGCGCGAAUGAAACCCCGACAAAAGAAACCUUGGACGGCGCCGUGGGGGACGGAGCGCCGCUCUUGACAUUGUCUGAAGGACCAGCAUCAGAGUCCGCACCGCUGCCUGAAGGACCUAUAUCGGAUCCUUUGUCUGUGCCGGGCGGCGCGGAGCGGCAGGACGAUACCCUGUCAGAGCCUGUACCGGUGCCGGGCUGCCCGGAGCGGCAGGACGAUACCCUGUCAGAGCCUGUACCGGUGCCGGGCGGCGCGGAGCGGCAGGACGAUACCCCGUCAGAGCCUGUACCGGUACCGGGCGGCGCGGAGCGGCAGGACGAUACCCUGUCAGAGCCUGUACCGGUACCGGGCGUCCCGGAGCCACAGGACGAUACCCUGUCAGAGCCUGUACCGGUACCGGGCGGCCCGGAGCCACAGGACGAUACCCUGUCAGAGCCUGUACCGGUACCGGGCGGCCCGGAGCCACAGGACGAUACCCUGUCAGAGCCUGUACCGGUACCGGGCGGCGCGGAGCCACAGGACGAUACCCUGUCAGAGUCUGUACCGGUACCGGGCGGCGCGGAGCCACAGGACGAUACCCUGUCAGAGCCUGUACCGGUACCGGGCGGCGCGGAGCCGCAGGACGAUACCCUGUCAGAGCCUGUACCGGUACCGGGCGGCCCGGAGCCACAGGACGAUACCCUGUCAGAGCCUGUACCGGUACCGGGCGGCCCGGAGCCACAGGACGAUACCCUGUCAGAGCCUGUACCGGUACCGGGCGGCGCGGAGCCACAGGACGAUACCCUGUCAGAGCCUGUACCGGUACCGGGCGGCGCGGAGCCACAGGACGAUACCCUGUCAGAGCCUGUACCGGUACCGGGCGGCGCGGAGCCACAGGACGAUACCCUGUCAGAGCCUGUACCGGUACCGGGCGGCCCGGAGCCACAGGACGAUACCCUGUCAGAGCCUGUACCGGUAUCGGGCGGCGCGGAGCCACAGAACGAUACCCUGUCAGAGUGUGUACCGGUACCGGGUGGCGCGGAGCCACAGGACGAUACCCUAACCAGCCUGGACGGCAGCGGCGGCUUCGAGCUCACCCCUGGAGAGCUGGAGAUGUCGCCGGCCGCGUGGGACGCCGCCCGGCCGGCUGGCCCGGGAGGCGCGGAUGCAGUCGGCACUGGAGACGGCGCUGCCACAGACACUGCUGUAACCGCUCCUGCAGCCCCAGUGACGUCUAAUACCGGAGAUUCCAGUCACAAGUACGCGUUGUGCGCCGACUCUGGCGGAGCGGUGGACGCGCUGGCUGAUGACAGUCCCCAGCCGGUGCCUGCCGCCGCCGGCCCCGGCUCAAAGUACCAGCUGCAGUCGGAGCUCGGCGCCUCGGCGGACGGAGAGCUGUCUGAAGCUGAGGAGCGGCCCGGGCUGUGGACCGACGGCGGCCCCUCCGCCGGGGAGGGCGAGGAGCUGUGGGCCGACGGCGGCCCCUCCGCCGGGGAGGGCGAGGAGCCGUGGGCCGGCCGCGGCCCCUCCGCCGGGGAGGGCGAGGUCGAGCCGUGGGCCGGCCGCGGCGCCCCGGCAGGGGAGGGUGAGGAGCUGUGGGCCGGCCGCGGCGCCCCGGCAGGGGAGGGCGAGGAGCUGUGGGCCGGGCUCCGGCUGGCCACCGAGCACACCCAGGCGCUGGUGGAGGCGGCCCGCCGCCAGUCGCCGCAGAAAAACUACCGCUCCAUGUUCCUCGAGGGCGCCGCCGAGCCGGCGGACGGCGCGGAGCCGGCGUCUCGGCACGGCCGCCACGGCAGCGGCGGCUUCGACCCGCUGGUCCCCUGGAGCUGGAGCUGGAACUGGAGCCGGGCGGCCUGGAGCUGGAACUGA